GCGGGAGGAGGAGGAGGAGCAGGAGGAGGAAGUGGUUAGUAGCCCCGAGGCUCGACCCGGAGAUGAGGCUGCUGCGACUAUUGCACUUGAGUGGGCGCCAGGCGAUCCUCGGGUCCGCAGAGGCUGCGCUCUGGGGUUUGAAGUCAAUAAAAGGAAGCUGCAACAAUUUUUGCACUGCUAUUUGUAAAGAUGUCACUUAUAUGGAACUUAAAAACCUCUUGAAGUCCAAAAAAAUUAUGUUAAUUGAUGUUAGAGAACCAUGGGAAAUUCUUGAGUAUGGAAAAAUCCCCGGGUCUGUCAAUAUACCAUUGGAUAACGUAGAUGAAGCUCUACAGAUGAACCCAAAAGACUUCAAAGAGAAGUACAAUGAAGUAAAGCCAUCCAAAUCUGACAGUCUAGUGUUUUCUUGUUUAGCCGGAGUGAGAAGCAAGAAGGCUAUGGACACAGCAAUAUCUCUGGGCUUUAACAGUGCUCAACACUAUGCUGGAGGAUGGAAGGAAUGGGCAACCUAUGAAUUUUCGGAGAAGAAACAAGGAAAUUGAAUUUUGGAAUACAAGCUGGCCCUUUCCUUGUGUACGUGCAGCCUAGGAUAGUGGAAUAAGCAAAAGAAUCAAAAUGUAGCCCUGGAACCACUGGUUAAUGGGAAGGGGAUUUUGUGUAAGUCAAUUAUUUGUUGAAUCUUUUUCUCACCUAUAAAUUGGGAAUACCACUUCUCCCUGCCUACUUCCAAAGGCUAAUGAGGCUUGCUGUAAUGUAUGUGACUUGCCAUGGAAACAUAAGGGUUGGGAUUCUAAAAAUUAAUUUUUAAAUAGUUUAGUAUAGUUCAAUAGUAUUCCAAAAGACCUGGUUACUUGUAUUACCUAAUCAUAAUGUGUGACCACUUCUGUUAAUAUAGUGUCUAUACUCUUCAAAGAGGCUAUGAACUAGACCAGUUGAUUAAGACUUCACCUUAAAACACCAAGAAUCUGGGGUGCAGAAAAGUAGGUGAAAUAUGAACAAUGAAAAUACAACAUUAGCAAUAUCCAAAGACUUAUGGCACUGUGACCAGCAUGGUAGUGAUAUAAUUUGCAGUUUAAAAAAGUAAUAUGAUCUAUGGGGAUAGUAAUCAGAACAGUGGUUGCUUCUGUUGAAGGAAGGAAAUUAACAGGAAAAUCAAGGAGGAAAAUUUCUAGGGUGAUGGAAGUGCUCUAUAUCUUGAUUGAGGUGUUGGUACAUAGGUAUAUACAUUUACCAAAACUCAUUGAACACUUUAAAACUAUACAUUACCUGUAAUUGCAUCUCAAUUAAAAAUAAUGAAAAUUAAAAAAAGUUUAAAUGCAAA